AUGUCUUCAAAGAAAAUAACCCUUCCACACUCUGUGUCUACUUACGUCGGUGGUGCUGCUGUUGCAAGUCUUGCCAUUCUUUCGGCAAUCUACCAUGACCGGGCCAUAUUUGACGAGACCCGCAAAGAUAUCUUGACCGAAAAGGGCUGGCCACUGGUUGGAUCCUUGCCGGCUCUUAUCCAAGGCAAAGAUCGACUGCAUGAUUUUUUGGUCGAGAGCUUCUAUAGACUUGACAGACUAACUUUAACCAUGUCUGCACUCGGGAUUCCUCGUCAUAUUGGAACAAUUGAUCCAGCAAAUGUAGAGCAUAUCUUGAAACAUAAUUUUGAAAAUUAUAUCAAGGGUCCUGAAUUUCACUCUGCUAUGAAUGAUCUAUUUGGAGACGGGAUUUUCAAUGCCAAUGGUGAAGAUUGGAAGUAUCAACGAAAGACAGCCAGUCACAUUUUCAAUGUCAAGAACUUUAGAGAUCAAUUCACAGAUGUGUUUGUUCAUGAAAUUGAUUUUAUGUCUGAUAAUAUCUUGGACAAAGCUACCGAGACUAGUGAAUUGGUCGAUUUCCACGACCUGAUGUAUAAAUUCACGCUCGAUUCAUUUAUCUUACUCGGAUUUGGUGUUCGAUUGAACGGUCUUGCGUCAAAAGAGGUAGUACCUUUUGCUGAAUCAUUUGACAUUGCUCAAAAGAACACCUUCCAACGUUUUGUGAAUCCGAUCUGGAAAGUGACGGAGCGGAUCCAGAGUGUGGUGAUGCCCUGGCGACGCAGUAUGAACUACCACCUCAAUGUGGUCGACACAUUUGCGCGCGAGGUGACCGAGAAGCGCCGAGUACAGCUUGCCAAGGGAGAAAUCCACACCGAUCUGCUCUCUCGGUUCAUGAGUGCCCGGAACACAAAGGGAGACCUUUUGAACAACACCGAGCUACGGGACAUCGUCCUCAAUUUUGUCAUCGCCGGCCGUGACACAACUGCCCAGGCUCUUUCCUGGACACUCUAUAUGCUUCUCUGCCAUCCACGCGUGGAGCAAAAGCUGCUCAACGAGAUUAAUGAAAACAUCACGGAUAAGGUCAUGCAUAAUUCCCCUGAGCUCUAUGAGACUAUCAAGAACAUGACAUAUGCCCACGCAGUAUUUUAUGAAGUACUUCGGUUGUAUCCUUCAGUACCCCAGAACCAAAAGUUUGCUCUAGAUAAUGACAUCUGGCCUGAUGGUACUCAUGUCAGAAAGGGGGAUUACAUACUGUGGAGCCCAUAUGCUCAGGGACGUUGUGAGAAAGUAUGGGGCCCAGAUGCCAAACAAUUUAACCCAGAACGUUGGAUUACACCUCAAGGAGAUCUACGUCGUGAAUCCCAAGGACAAUGGCCUGCUUUCCACGCCGGUCCGCGUGUGUGUUUAGGCCAAAACUUGGCAACCCUAGAGACACUCGUUGCAAUUACGUUUUUGAUCAAACGAUACAAAUUCCAUUUGGCACCUAACCAGGAAAUAACCUAUCAGAUUUCUCUCACUCUACCAAUGAUGAAUGGAAUCAAAGUGUCUGUUGAAAAACGACAGCAGUAA